AUGGCUCCGUAUGAGGCCUUGUAUGGACAAAAGUACCAGUCUCCACUUUGUUGGUAUGAAUCCGGUGAAAUAAGCGUUUUGGGUCCUGAUGUAAUAGUAGAGACUACUGAGAACAUUAAGAAGAUUCGUGCAAAGAUUCUAACUGCUCAAAGUCGACAGAAGAGUUAUGCGGAUCAGAGAAGGAAACAGUUAGAGUUUGAAAUGGGGGAGCACAUAUUCCUUAGGGUUACACCGACAACUGGGAUUGGAAGAGCAAUCAAAACCAAGAAGUUGAACCCAAGAUAUAUAGGACCGUUUGAAAUUUUAAGGCGAUUCGGGCCGGUGGCGUAUCAACUCCGUAAGUACACGUCGGAUGCGGCUCAUGUGUUGGAGCCUGAAUCGGUCGAGUUGAAAGAGAACUUGACUUUCCAAGUAACGCCAGUGAGGAUCGAUGACACUAAUGUAAAGAAGCUGCGAGGAAAUGAUGUUUCAUUGGUUAAAGUUGCUUGGGAGCGAGCAGUAGUAGAAGAGCACACUUGGAAAUUAGAGUCCGAGAUUCAAAAGGAUUACCCCAAGCUUUUCUCAGGUGAUUUGAUCAUGUGUUAUAUAGUUGAUGUUGGAGUUGAGAGUAACGAAAUGAGAAGGAAAAUGUGGCGUAACAGUGCUUCUGGAAGCUUGUUUUUGGUGCAAUCUCAGACAGCAGCAAAGGAGGGUUUGAUCAUGGAAACUUGUUGUUUAAUGCUUGAAAAUCAUGUUUAUGAUGGUUUUGAAGUGGCUGUUGGUGCUGCUGGAAAACGUGACAUUCCAGCCAUGAAAAUCAUGAUUUUUGAUGCUUAUUUGAUGUGUAUUUGA